ACAGACCUUUGCACAAGCUGCCUCUGUGUGUGAAGAGGCUGAGUCUCCCAGCCCCGCUUGUCAGACGACGCCUCUCCGCCCUCGCCCCAGCUCCUGUAUUCUCCUGGAGUCGUGAUCUCCUUCCUGGCCAGCCUGGACAAUGCCUCCCAACCUCACUGGCUACUACCGCUUUGUCUCGCAGAAGAACUUGGAGGACUACCUACAAGCCCUGAACAUCGGCCUGGCUCUGCGGAAGAUCGCACUGCUGCUCAAGCCGGACAAGGAGAUUGAGCAUCAGGGCAACCACAUGACAGUGAAGACCGUCAGCACCUUCCAAAACUAUGUUCUGGAAUUCGAGGUGGGAGUUGAGUUUGAAGAAGACCUAAAGGUCGUGGAUGGACGAAAAUGCCAGACCAUAGUCACUUGGGAGGAGGAGCAGCUGGUAUGUGUGCAGAAAGGGGAGGUCCCCAACCGGGGUUGGAGACACUGGCUGGAGGGAGAGACACUGUAUCUGGAACUGACUGCAAGGGACGCAGUGUGCGAGCAGGUCUUCAGGAAGGUCAAAUAGCCGGAGAGGAGCUAAGGGCCCUGAACCUGGGGCCACACCGGUCCCCAGACCCUCCUUGCCUGUGUCCCCUUCAAGCCCAGAUGGUCCCAGGUCAGCAGUCCCUUUCUCAGGUCACUUACCCUCCCUCUGCGUCCCUCCUCCCCCUCCCCUUGUUAAUCUGUAACUUGCAUCCCCCCAAGUCAAAGUCCUUUCUUUCUCACACCCCACUGCCCAGCAGUGACCUCGUAUCCAGUCCAAGGUCUGGCCUCCUGGAUGAAAGAAACAGGCAAGGAAGGAGGGAAAGGGCCCUUGAGAAUAACAGAUCCCAACUCUCUUUAAUUCAUUUGGCCUCUUAUUUUCCAUCUAAGAAAGAACUCAGCCUUGAACAUUAGUGAAAACUCUAUCCUGUGGGACCUUCUGGAAAAGUGUGACUAGAUUCAAGAAUUUAAACGGGA